AUGAAUGAGGACAUCAUGAGGACUGGAGGCUGCAGUAAUGUUGAGAUGCCAUGGUACUGGAGAGACUCAGCUACGUAUUGGUUCAGAUUUAUAACAGAUCAGACCGGAGGGAAAUAUUCUGGAAGUCCUGGAGUCACUCUGUCUGUAACAGCUCUGCAGGUGAAGGUGACUUAUUCAAGCUGGCAAAAUCAGGUGACAAUUACCUGUAUCACCACCUGUACUCUGAGUAACCCCAACCCCACCUACAUCUGGUAUAAGAACGGACAACGUCUAGAUGAGAGCACCUCCCCCCAGUACAAAUACUCAGUCUACACUAACAGUAAAGACAGCUACUCCUGUGCUGUAAAAGGCCACGAGGCUCUCCACUCUCCUGCAGUGUGUGUUCAGGGUCAGAGAUGCAACAGAGUGACUUACACCAAGAGGAGAAUCUGUGUCUUGAAGGGGUCAACAGUGGACAUAUCCUGUACUGUUGGUUAUUAUUCCACCACAUCAUCAUUCUGGUUUAGAAGUGAUAAGUCGACCCCUGAAGACCUAACCAGAGACCCAGGGUAUGCAGGUCGUGUGGAGUACACUGGAACAUACAGAGGUCCCUUCACCCUGAGAAUCUCAGAUCUGAGAGAGGACGACUCAGCUGAGUAUCGCUUCACUUUUAAAACAGAAGACUUUGAAUGGGGUCAUAGUUUCCCAGGAACAACUCUGUCUGUCACAGGUCUGCAGGUGAAGGUGACUCCUGCUGCAGAGGGACAGAAGACACUGACCUGUAUCACCACCUGUACUCUGACUGACAACCCCACCUACAUCUGGUACAAGAACGGACAACGUGUAGAUGAGCCCACUUCCCAACAACACUCCAGUAAUAUGCUGGUGGUCUGGGAUUCUACUGUGGACAUUUACUCCUGUGCUGUUGAAGGUCACGCGGCUCUCCACUCUCCUGUAGUCUGUGUUCAGGUGAAGGUGACUCCUGAACAGUUUUCAGAGUAUAAGACACUGACCUGUAUCACCACCUGUGUUCUGACUGGUAACCCCACCUACAUCUGGUACAAGAACGGACAGAUAGUAACUGACAACACUUCUCCCUAUUCAGUCCUCCCUGAUGCUGCAGACAGCUACUCCUGUGCUGUAAAAGGCCAUGAGGGUCUCCUCUCUCCUGCAGUGUGUGUUCAGGGUCAGAGCUGCAUCAGAGUGACUUACACCAAGAGGAGAAUCUGUGUCUUGAAGGGGUCAACAGUGGACAUAUCCUGUACUUAUGUUGGUUAUUAUUCCACCACAUCAUCAUUCUGGUUUAGAAGUGAUAAGUCGACCCCUGAAGACCUAACCAGAGACCCAGGGUAUGCAGGUCGUGUGGAGUACACUGGAACAUACAGAGGUCCCUUCACCCUGAGAAUCACAGAUCUGAGAGAGGAGGACUCAGCUGAGUAUCGCUUCACUUUUAAAACUCACAGCUUUGAAUGGGGUCAUAGUUUCCCAGGAACAACUCUGUCUGUCACAGGUAAUACUACACUGUAUGAUACAACUGUAAAUCAUAAUGAAUUACAGGAUAAAUAAAUUGACCAUCCUGUUAACACAGAGGUGUAUGUGGUUUUAUACAUAUUGUUUCAGGUCUGCAGGUGAAGGUGACUCCUGCUGCAGAGGGACAGAAGACACUGACCUGUAUCACCACCUGUACUCUGACUGACAACCCCACCUACAUCUGGUACAAGAACGGACAACGUGUAGAUGAGCCCACUUCCCAACAAUACUCUAGUAAUACCCUAGUAGUGUUGGGUCAUUCUGUGGACAGUUACUCCUGUGCUGUAGAACACCAUGAGGACCUCCACUCUCCUGCAGUGUAUGCUCCAAGGAACACCUCAGUGUCAGUCAGUCCCUCUGGUGAAAUAGUGGAGGGCAGUUCAGUGACUCUGACCUGCAGCAGUGAUGCCAACCCACCUGUGGACAAAUACACCUGGUACAAGAAGAACGUAACCUCACCAAAGGCAUCAGGACAGAGUUACAGCAUCACUAACAUCAUCUCCGAGGACAGAGGAGAAUAUUACUGUGAGGCUGAGAAUAAAUAUGGACGACUCAACUCUUCUUCUGUGUUUGUGGACGUUCAGUAUACUACAGCAUUGUUUCUCUGGGUUCCUGUGAUGGGGAUGGGGGCUGCCCUGACUGUUGGAGCUCUUCUUGUCACCAUCUACUGCUAUAUGAAGAGGAGACACACAGGAGGAAGUGAUGACACAGCAGACAGACAGAGUGUCCAUCCUGACCCCAACAGUGACAUGUACACAUCUCUGAACAUGAAGACCAGGUCACCAGAGUAUGACACCCUGGCAAAUGUGAGGGACUUCGCAGUGACACAGCCCUCAGAUACAUGCUGAGCCCUCCGAUUAUGAGAUCUUAAGAGAACCACCACAGAACCUGGACAAAAGAGAACCACCACAGAACCUGGACUGAAGAGAACCACCAAAGAUUCUGUACUGAAUAGAAUCUCCACAGAACCUGGGCAGAAGAGAACCACCAAAUAUUCUGGACUGAAGAGAACCACCACAGAACCUGGACUGAAGAGAACCACCACAGAACCUGGACUGAAGAGAACCACCACAGAACCUGGACUGAAGAGAACCACCAAAGAUUCUGGACUGAAGAGAACCACCACAGAACCUGGGCAGAAGAGAACAACCAAGGAUUCUGGACUGAAGAGAACCUCCACAGAACCUGGACUGAAGAGAACCACCACAGAACCUGGACUGAAGAGCAACAGCAUCAAACCAAAGCUCGGCCUCACAAUGUUAUUCUCUUACUAUCAUGUUGCUUUUUAAUCUAGAAGGUUUGAGACAAUGAGCUUUAACUUUUGAGUUAAGUGCUGGAAUUUAGAUUGUUCUCCUUAUGAUAAAUACAGUUUGUGCACUACCAUUCAAAAGUUUGGGGUCGCUUAAAAUGUCCUUGUUUUUGAAAGAAAAGCAAAAAAAAAGUCCAUUAAAAUAGCAUCUAAUUGAUCAGAAAUGCAGUGUAGACAUUGUUAAUGUUGUAAAUUACUAUUGUAGCUGGAAAUGGCAGUUGUUUUAUGGAAUAUCUACAAAGGCAGACAGAGGCCCAUUAUCAGCAACCAUCACUCCUGUGUUCCAAUGGCACGUUGUGUUAUCCAAGUUUAUCAUUUUAAAAGGUAAAUUAAUCAUUAGAAAACCAUGUUGUAAUUAUGUUAACACAGCUGAAAACUGUUGUGCUCGCUGAUUAAAGAAGCAAUGAAACUGGCCUUUUUUACACUAGUUGAGUAUCUGGAGCAUCAGCAUUUGUGGGUUCAUUUACAGGUUCAACAUGUCAACUUAUCUGUUUACUAUCUGUAGAUUGUAUUGCUUAUCUUUUUUAUGGGAUUUUGCCAAUUCCAGAUUUUUAUAACAUAUAAAGUUAUGUCUUGUCUUAGUGACACAAAAAGGAAUAAUAUUGACAAGAGCUUUUAAAUGUUUGUAUCUCUGGAGUUGUUCCUGAUGUGUUAAAAUAUGUUUUACUUUGUAUUGCUGUCAGUCAUUACUGGUCAUUCUCUAUUUUAUAUUAUGUAAUACUAUAUUGUUCAGUGUCAUGAUAUUGCUUGUUUCAUUAUCAAAUAAUUAAUAAUGACAUAUUUUAGACACAUUGAAUACAGUAUAAGCAUCAUGUUGUAAAUAAGCUCAAAGGUAGACAAUAAAAAGACAACAAAUAAAUUGAU